AUGCAGCUGCAAUUGAGACUGCAUCUUGCAGUUGUGCAUGGUGUAUCGUGUUUUGAUAAAUUCAAUGAUGACAAGGAUGUGGAAAUGGUACGAGAUGCUACAGCGAAUCUUCCAGGUACAUCUACUAAAGCCUACAGUAGACGGGAGACAAGUACUUUAGUUAACGUUGAGCCCCCGAAAAAAUUCAACUUGUCUGGAGGUGCUGUUGAGUCCACGAUUAAAUUACACAUGUCCGGAGGUACCGUUGAGUCCCCGAUUAAACUCAAUAUGUCAGGAGGUACCGUUGAGUCCACGAUGAAAUCUGAUACGUCUGGAUGUAACGUUGUGUCCCCGAUAAGACUCAACAUGUCUGUACGUAGCUUUGAGUUCUCAAAUAAAUCUAACAUCUCUGAAGGUACAGUUGAGUCACCAAACAAAUCAGACUCCUCUGAAGGUAACGUUGUGUCUCCGAAGGAAUUCAACAUGUCUAGAGAUAAUGUUCAGCCUUGUAAGAGAUUUAUGUCUGGAGGCUCAUUUAUUGAAGUGAAAAAAGAUGAAUUUAGCGAAUUCUGA